AUGGAAGGUUUACUCAAGGAUUUCGAAUUGGAAGACAAGGAUCGUUCAAUCGAAGCUCUCACUCGAUGGAGAUCCGCCGUCGCCUUGGUCAAAAACCCUCGCCGGAGGUUUCGCAACGUAGCUGAUCUCGCUAAACGCGCUGUAGCGCAGGAGAAGCAGAGGAAAAUUCAGGGAAAGUUUCGGGCUGUUAUCAAUGUUCAACGAGCAGCACUGCAUUUUACCGAUGCUAUUGCUUCACCUGAAUUCGAGGUAUCAGAAAAGACGAGAGAAGCUGGUUUUGGAAUCGAACCAGAUGAUAUUGCAUCAGUUGUUCGAAGCCAUGAUUACAAGAACUUUACAAAAGUUGGUGAAGUUCAUGGGAUUACAAGUAAACUUUCAGUCUCAGUUGAUGAAGGUGUCCGUCAAGACAGUAUACAUAUUUCCAUUGGCAUAGGGCUUCCCACUGAAGGGUGGCCAAAGGGUGUUUAUGAUGGUCUUGGAAUCUUACUUAGUAUAUUCUUGGUAGUUUCUGUUACUGCUAUCAGUGACUACCAGCAAUCUCUACAGUUCAGAGAUUUGGAUAAAGAAAAGAAAAAGAUAGAUGUUCAUGUUACCAGGGAUGGUAAAAGACAGAAGAUCUCAAUUUAUGACUUGGUAGUAGGAGAUAUAGUUCAUUUGUCAACCGGUGAUCAAGUUCCAGCUGAUGGGGUUUUUAUACAUGGAUAUUCAUUGUUAAUUGACGAAUCAAGUUUGUCAGGUGAGAGCGAACCUGUAAAUAUAGAUGGUCGAAGACCUUUCCUUCUUUCGGGAACCAAAGUGCAAGACGGUCAGGGGAAAAUGAUAGUUACAACUGUUGGCAUGAGGACUGAAUGGGGAAAGUUGAUGGAAACUUUGAGUGAGGGAGGAGAGGACGAGACUCCUUUACAGGUGAAGUUGAAUGGAGUUGCUACAGUUAUUGGUAAAAUUGGUUUGACUUUUGCUGUGCUGACAUUUUUGGUGUUGACAGUAAGAUUUGUGAUUGAAAAAGCAGUUCAUGGAGACUUUAGCAGUUGGUCUUCAGAGGAUGCACUGAAGCUACUGGACUACUUUGCUAUUGCUGUAACCAUAAUAGUUGUUGCAAUUCCUGAAGGAUUACCAUUAGCUGUAACACUCAGUCUUGCUUUUGCAAUGAAAAAAUUGAUGAACGAUAGGGCACUUGUCAGACAUCUUUCUGCGUGUGAGACUAUGGGUUCAGCUAGUUGCAUUUGCACCGAUAAAACAGGAACGUUGACGACCAACCAUAUGGUGGUUGAUAAAAUUUGGAUAUGCGAAAAGACCACACAGAUUAAAGGUGAUGAGAGUACUGAUAAAUUGAAAUCAGAGAUAUCUGAUGAAGUUCUAAGCAUCCUUUUGCAGGCUAUAUUUCAGAAUACGUCAUCGGAAGUUGUUAAAGACAAAGAAGGAAAGUGGACAAUAUUGGGAACACCAACAGAAUCAGCAAUAUUGGAAUUUGGCUUGGUUUCAGGCGGUGAUUUUGAUGCACAGCGUAAAUCCUGUAAGAUACUUAAGGUUGAGCCUUUCAAUUCCGACAGGAAGAGGAUGUCUGUGCUCGUAGGUCUUCCUGAUGGAAGGGUCCGGGCUUUCUGCAAAGGUGCAUCCGAAAUAGUGUUGAAAAUGUGUGAUAAAAUCAUUGAUAGUAAUGGAACAACAGUUGAUCUUCCUCAAGAGAAAGCAAAGAUUGUGAAUGACAUUAUAGAUGGAUUUGCCCAUGAAGCUUUGAGAACUCUUUGUUUGGCUGUCAAAGAUAUAGAUGAAACACAAGGCGAAACCAUCAUCCCUGAAAAUGGAUAUACUUUGAUAGCCAUUGUAGGAAUCAAGGAUCCUGUGCGCUCUGGAGUUAAGGAAGCUGUUCAAAAAUGUUUAGCAGCUGGAAUAUCUGUCCGCAUGGUCACUGGUGAUAACAUAAAUACAGCUAAGGCUAUAGCUAGAGAAUGUGGUAUACUUACUGAGGGUGGUAUAGCCAUAGAAGGACCAGAAUUUCGCAAUUUGUCUCCGGAACAAAUGAAGGAUAUCAUACCAAGAAUUCAGGUAAUGGCACGAUCCUUACCUCUUGACAAGCAUACCUUGGUAACCCGUUUGAGGAAUAUGUUUGGUGAGGUUGUAGCUGUUACUGGUGAUGGUACCAACGAUGCUCCUGCACUGCACGAGUCAGACAUUGGGCUUGCCAUGGGCAUUGCAGGAACUGAGGUUGCAAAAGAAAAUGCUGAUGUGAUUAUAAUGGAUGACAACUUCACUACCAUUGUCAAAGUGGCUAAAUGGGGACGGGCCAUAUACAUAAACAUUCAAAAAUUUGUGCAGUUUCAGUUAACAGUUAAUGUUGUUGCUCUGAUUACUAACUUCGUUUCUGCAUGCAUCACUGGAGCUGCUCCACUAACGGCUGUUCAGUUGCUUUGGGUUAACUUGAUUAUGGACACUCUUGGUGCAUUGGCCUUGGCUACUGAACCUCCUAAUGACGGACUUAUGGAACGACAACCAGUUGGAAGGAACGCAAGUUUUAUUACCAAACCAAUGUGGAGGAAUAUCUUAGGUCAAAGUUUGUAUCAGCUAAUUGUCCUCGGAGUUCUAAAUUUUGAGGGGAAGCGGCUAUUGGGACUAAGUGGCCCAGAUUCAACUGCAGUACUCAACACUUUGAUAUUCAACUCCUUUGUACUUUGCCAGGUGUUCAAUGAGAUAAACAGCAGAGAAAUUGAAAAGAUAAACAUAUUCAGAGGCAUGUUUGACAGCUGGAUAUUUUUAAGUGUUAUUCUCGCCACAGCAGUAUUUCAAGUAAUCAUAGUUGAGUUCCUUGGAACAUUUGCCAGCACAGUUCCUCUAACCUGGCAAUUCUGGUUACUCAGUGUGUUAUUUGGUGUACUUAGCAUGCCUUUAGCUGUUAUCCUCAAAUGCAUACCAGUUGAAAGAAAUACAACAACAAAGCAUCAUGAUGGUUACGAGGCACUUCCUUCUGGUCCUGACCUGGCAUAA